AUGGCUAAGCGCCAACGUACCUCCGAGACGGACCCCGUCCGCGGAACGUCCUUCUUCGAACAACAACGCGAGGCGCUCCUCAACGACAUCUCAAUGGUCGGCAACGAGUUCUCCUCCGUCGAAGCGCUGUGGUCGCAAUUCGAAAGCGUCAUGGCAAAGGAUGGGCCGAAACAGCAGGGCGACAAGGUCGACGCCGCCGGUGAUGAAGCGCAUGGGUGA